CAACACCUUUGUGUUUGGUUCAGAAAGACCACUUUUUGUCUGUUGCAAGAAAUUAUCUUCACCAUCGAUCUCUCCUACCUUGAAAACUCCUUUUACAUCCAUUCCGGAUUACAGGAUCAAUGGGAAGAACACCUUGUUGUGACAAAGAUGGACUCAAGAAAGGUCCUUGGACUCCAGAGGAAGAUCUUAAGCUCGUCAACUAUAUUCAGCUCCAUAGACCUGGCAACUGGAGAACCAUUCCUAAGAAUGCUGGGCUGCAACGAUGUGGAAAGAGUUGUCGUUUGCGAUGGACUAACUAUCUGAGGCCUGAUAUCAAGAGGGGAAGAUUUUCUUUCGAAGAAGAAGAGACCAUCAUCCAAUUGCACAGUAUCUUAGGAAACAAGUGGUCCGCAAUAGCCGCUCGCUUGCCUGGAAGAACUGAUAAUGAGAUCAAGAAUUACUGGAACACCCAUAUCAGAAAAAGGCUGCUACGAAUGGGACUUGAUCCUGUGACUCAUGCCCCUCGCCUCGAUAUUCUUGACCUUUCAUCCAUCCUAAGCUCAUCUCUCAGCAACCCAUCAUUUCUCAAUGUGUCAAACUUGUUAGGCACUCAAACCCUCAUGAAUCCAGAUCUCUUAAAGCUAGCCACCGCUAUCCUGUCACUAAAACAGGAAAACCAAGUACCCUUUACAAAAACUCUCCAGGAAAACAACCUUUUCAACAACUUGAUGCAAAACCAAGUCCAACCAGUACAACCCAACAAUCAAUAUCAAACUCUACUACAAGAAGGGUUUUCAUCGGAGAUAUUGACAAACCAGCUCAUGCAAGCCAAUGUAGAAGGGUGUUGUUCGAACGUGUCAACUUUUGGAAAUUCCCAAGAAAACUCAAUACCUACAAGCCUGAACGAAGAUUUUAUUUGCCAGCCAAACUAUAUGUAUUGCAGCUCUAAUCCAACGGUUCCUGAUAUACCAGAGAAUUCAAAUUUCCAGUCACUAUACAAUAGCAAUCAGAACUUCAGCUUUGAGUCUGUUGUAUCGACACCAAUAUCAAGCCCUACUCCCUUAAAUUCGCCAUCCACAUUCAUCAAAGGCGGCGCUGAAGAUGAAAAUGAGAGCUACUGCAACAGCUUGUUUAAUUUUGAAAUUCCAGAAAGUUUGGACAUGUCUGAAUUCAUGUAAUAGAACUAUAAUAGCCGGAUACAUGUGCGAUAUAUUGUUUUUAGUCUGUCGAUGUUGAUAAUGAAAUUCAUUGUGUUUAUGAUAAUCUAAUAUGCAGAAAAAACUACGUAGCAUA